GCUGUGCCCUCGGCCUACACGUGCGUAGGGAAGGACUUAGCUGUGAUGCACACCGGCACCUACCAUACCCCUGUGGACACGUCUUCCUUGCCUGCUGUGAAGAAAAAGAAGCUGUAAGCCAGUUACCUCUGAGGAGGAGGCAGAAGCCCAAAUCGACCGCUAUGCCCACAAAAGUCUCAGAUAGCAAGUUCCCAAAAGAGGCCUUCUCCAUCAGAGCUACAGAUGAAGCUGCCAAUGCUGUGGAGGAUGUGGAUGAGUGUCAGCGCUACCUCGGCCAGCUGUGCCAACACACAUGCACCAACAUCUGGGGCUCCUACAAGUGCAGUUGCCACCAGGGCUACAUCCUCCAACAAGACGGACACUCCUGUGCACCAGUAAGAUCUGAGGAGGAGAACAGGGUGAGAGAGGAGGGCAACACUGCUAUGGGACCAGCAAAAAUGACCACCGCCACCACCACGACCAGUGCAACCACCACUAAUCCUGCUCCUCUCAAUCCAUGUGCAGAGAAUGGUCCUUGCAGUCAGCAGUGUACAGCGUUUGCAGGUCAGGUGCUCUGCUCCUGCUUCCCAGGAUUCCAGCUGAUGACUGAUGGACACAUGUGUAAAGAUGUGGAUGAGUGCGUGACUAACACCCACACGUGCAGACAUACCGAGCGCUGCAUCAACACAGAGGGGUCAUUUGUUUGUGAACUCCAGGUCGUGUGCCCUGCAGGUUACCGACUGAGGAACAGUGAUUGUGAGGACAUUGAUGAAUGUGUGACACAGACCCAUAACUGUGGUGUUGGCUUCAUUUGUGAGAACACAGUGGGCUCUUUCCGGUGUAAACCCAAGCACAAGUGCAUUACUGGCUUCACACAAGACUCCCACGGGAACUGUAUCGACAUAAAUGAGUGCAGCAGCCUGAGAGAAGCAUGCGGCUCCGGUUUUAACUGCAUCAACACAGUCGGCUCCUACAACUGCCAACGGAAAAUCAUAAUGUGCGGCCAUGGCUACCAUGCCAGCGCUGAUGGAGCAAAGUGUGUCGACAUUGAUGAGUGUCAGAUGGGAAGCCAUCGCUGUGGAGCCGGUCAGAUCUGUCACAACCUUCCUGGCACCUACAGCUGUGACUGUCAGACAGGUUACCAGUACGAUGCCCUCCACAAAGUCUGCACUGAUGUAAAUGAGUGCUGGCGAUAUCCUGGCAGGCUGUGCGCCCAGGCCUGCGAAAACACCCCCGGCUCCUACCACUGUUCAUGCACAGCCGGUUUCUCCCUGGCUUCUGAUGGCAAGAAUUGUGAAGAUAUGAAUGAAUGCAAGAAAAAGCCCUGUGACCAAGAGUGUGCAAACAUCUACGGCUCAUAUCAGUGCUACUGUCGCCAAGGCUUCUACUUGAGAGAGGAUGGGCACACCUGUGAAGAUAUUGAUGAAUGCUCUCAAAGCAUUGGGAAUCUUUGUACCUUUAAGUGUGUAAAUGUAGCAGGCAGCUACCGGUGCGCAUGUCCUCCUCAUGGAUACAUCCUGUCUGCUAAUGGACACGCCUGCACAGACAUUGACGAAUGCACCGCCGGCACCCAUAACUGUUCAUAUGGACAGACCUGCUAUAAUGUGCCUGGAGGCUUCAGAUGCCUGUCCUUUGACUGUCCUCUCAACUACAAGAAGGUGGCAGACACGCGCUGCGAGCGGCUCAGUUGUCCCACCAACUCUUUGGACUGUCAGAACUUGCCUGUGCGGAUCACCUACUAUCAGCUCAGUUUCCAGACUAACAUCGUCAUUCCCGCUCAGAUCUUCAGAAUUGGACCUUCCCCGGCCUACUCCGGAGACCACGUCGUCGUCAGCAUCACUAAAGGCAACGAGGAAGGUUACUUCAGUACCCGGAAGUUGAACAGUUUCAUGGGUGCGGUCUACCUGCAGAGACAAGUACAGAAGCCCAAAGACUUCCUGAUAGAUGUGCAGAUGAAACUGCUGAGGCAGGGGACCCUCACCUCAUUCCUGGCCAGGAUUUAUGUCUUUAUCACAUCCGCGGUGUAAAAACACUAUGCCCUCACACACACAAACAAAUUAUUACCAGGGCUGCUGCUGCAAAAAAGAAUUAUCUGAGAUACAAAGAUUAAAGAUACAGUUUAUUCAGAAUACAUCAUAUUAGUGACAUCACUAAAGCCAAACUGUUAAAAAAAAAGCCCUUGUUUACCGUAAUUUCUGCAAUAUAGAGCACACCGGAAUAUAAGGCGCACCCACCAAUUUUAAAAAGAAAAAAAAACUGUACAUAAAUAGGCUGCACUCUUCUAUAAGCCGCAGGUCUCCAUGUUGUAACAUGAUAUAUUUACACAGAAAGAUGUUAAACAGAAAGAUUUUUUUAACUUUUAAUUGAAUACGUACAGUAAAUGCUUUUUUUCUUCCUGAAGGUGUUACACGACCAGCACGGCAUCAAGUAUGCAUGGUGGUGCGUGGCAUCUUCGCUCCACACAGAGAACUGAGUAACUAACUUUUUCUUUUCUUUCUUUGUGGAUCAUGAGAUAACAGCCGGGAUCUCCUGGUGUCUGUGGUAAAUUGUGGCACAGUGACAAAGAUGGUGGGGGGGGGGGGGGGGGGGCAGAAGCUCCGCUGACUGAUCUAAUGGGGCAAAGUGUCAGAGGGACUUUUCUUCAGCCACAAGGAAUUAAAGUAUUUUCAGAUGUCAUUUUCCAAAAGCAGGAGGCUUUAUAUGGAUAAUUUUUCUUCAGAAUGUGUUAAUGAAUCCACUAAAAUGAACAGGUAACACUUUAUAUUUACUUUGUGUGUGACUUUACGCUGCAUGAAGGCAGCAACUUUCAGCCACUCAAUGCACAGCAUCAACUGACAUAUUUUGAAUUCUGAGAAAGCCUGUAAAAAUUAGACACAUCAUUGUUUAAGCCGCAGUGUUCAAAGCGUAUGAAAAAAGUAGUGGCUUAUGGUUCAGAAAUUACGGUAUAUGGGUAAAAAAAAAAUAAACAGCUGCAGUUGCCAAAAUAAUUCUUUAAAAAUAUGCAGUAAAAAUAUUUAAGUACCUUGACAGAACAACCUGUUCAUUUUAUGGUACAAAUAUGGUAUGCUGUAAUUUACAAAAA